UUAAACGGAGGAGAAAGCACCAUGAGAGGUAAAUACUUUCUCCUCGGCUUCUUGGUGCUCAAACUUAUGGCUCUUGUCUGCAAGGCUGACGGGGAGCCGGGGCUGCUCGGAGGAUUCGUAAUGAUCGCCACCUCCAACGGCUCCAGGGAAGAGGAGACCGUGUCCGAGGAGACGCCGCACACGGAAGACAGAUGCCGGGGAUACUACGACGUGAUGGGCCAGUGGGACCCGCCGUUCAUCUGCAAAACCGGGAAUUAUCUGUACUGCUGCGGCACCUGUGGCUUCCGCUUCUGCUGCUCCUACAAACACUCGCGGCUGGACCAGAGCACCUGCAAAAAUUACGACACCCCGGUUUGGAUGAAGACAGGGCAGACUCCCUACAAAAAGAUGAACAAGCUGCACGACAGCACCAAAGACAAGACGAACUUAAUUGUUUACAUCAUUUGUGGAGUAGUGGCCAUAAUGGCUCUUGUGGGGAUUUUCACCAAACUGGGGCUGGAAAAGGCGCACCGGCCCCAGAGAGAGAACAUGUCCAGGGCCGUAGCCAGCGUGCUGCAGGGCGGGUGUCCAGGCGAGCAGUUUCGGGGGGAGGAGGCCCUCGGGAUGCAUUCGCAGCACUUUGUUUCCAGGGCCACAAACCUCCAGGGGGGUCAGAUCAACAACAACGUGGGACCGGGCUCAAACAUGGGCCAACAGCACCCGUACCCUGCCCUCAACCAGCUGGCUCACGUCUACGAACAGCAGCAACAACAGCAGCAACAGCAGCAGCAGCAGCAAAACAAGGACAUCAACAAGUACGCCUCCCUGAAGGCUGUGGCUGCCAAGUACAACGGUGAAAUCUACAAGCGUCGGCUGAUGGUGGAGCUGCCAACCAAGGGCGGGCUUCCUCUCCAGCCCAUGGGCAACUCAAGACCCACCAUGGGCAACAUGCCAUUAAUGUCUCCACAGAUGACUUCAAACAUGGCUUCUAACCCAAUGACCUCAAACCCCAUGAACCCCACCAUCACUCAGAUGUCCUCCAUGACACCAAUGACAUCCAUGAUACCUAUGACCUCGAUGACACCCAUGACCUCCAUGACUCCCAUGACAUCCCUUACUCCAAUGUCCUCCAUGACCCCAAUGACCUCCCUUGGUCCACUGACUCCUGAGCCAGUGGCCACCUAUGUCACUGAGAUGCCCAGGGUCUCAACUUUGCCAUCAGAACGGCACUUAGCUGGUGGAGGGGGAGGGGGAGGAGGAGGAGGAGGACUCAAGUUGAAUGGCCAGAAACACAAAGGCAGCCAUGGCCACAUUGCCCACAGCUCCCAUAGCUCUCACAGCUCUCACACUUACACUCACACUCAUGGCCACAGUAGCAAGCCGCCAGGACAUGGAGCUACCUCCCUGGCUCACAUGGCGGGGACUAUGCCAGGUGGCACAUCCCUGGGUAUCUCCAGGACGGCCAACGCCCCCAUUGGCGCAAGCUCGGCUACAAUGGGUCGCCCAUUGGCGUACAGCUCCAACACAAUCGCGACCGGUCAUGGUAUGGGGCUAGGGCUAAAGGGUUGGGAUGGGACUGAGACAGUGGGCCGAAGGAAGACUUACGGGCACAAGAGGCCUCAGUGCACUGUGCUGGAGCCCAACCAGCUUCAUGGCACCAGAGUCCAAAGCCACAGCCAACACUUCCUCCCCACACAGCCCUACUUUGUUACCAACAGCAAGACAGAGGUGACUGUGUGA